AUGAUGAAACAAGACUCAUUGUUCUUACCUUCUUUUCCCCUAAACACAACCCUCAUGUCUGAAACGACGUUGUUUGAAGAAGAACUGAAUCCAGACUUGGACCCGGGUCACAUUUUGGAUUGGUUAGAAGAUUCAAUGCCACACGUGCCACUGAUCCUAGAUGAUCUAUAUGGCACGGCUGAUGAUAUCACUGAUCCUUGGUGGGGGCUGGACUCCAUUGAUGAUAACAUCAACUUUGCGGACAGUUUUAGCAACACUGUCAGCAGUACAACUAGUUCAUCACCGGCUGAUCAUCUAAUCAUUGCCUGUGAGCAGCCACCACACGAGACGGUGUCUGAUCAGUUGAAAAAACGCAAAGGACCAGAAGAUCAUAUGCCAAUACCACAAGGGAAACGAGCAAGUGGAAACAAGAAAGGGACAACCAAAUCAACAAAGGGUACUAUUAAUAGUGAUAACAACGGACGAUGGGCAGAGCAGUUGCUCAACCCAUGUGCUGCAGCGAUUUCUUUAGGCAACGUGACUCGUGUUCAGCACCUCCUAUUUGUUCUUCAAGAACUAGCUUCACCCACCGGAGAUGCUAACUAUAGAUUAGCGUCUCACGGGAUGCAAGCACUACUAAACCACCUCUCAUCAGUCACCAACACUCCUGCAAAGGUGGUGAUCCCAGCAGUCAGUUUCGGCACGUCAACACCCAGAUUCUUUACACAAUCUCUAAUCAAAUUUAACGAAAUCAAUCCAUGGUUCACAAUCCCCAACAGCAUUGCCAACAACGCCAUCCUGCAAGUCUUGUCAGAGCAGGAUCAUAUUCAUGGGUCAUGUAAAACUCUUCACAUACUCGAUGUUGGGGUCUCCCAUGGUUUCCAAUGGCCCACUCUUUUAGAAGCAUUGAGUCGCCGACCAGGUGGUCCACCACCAUUGGUUCGACUCACUGUAGUCCCACCAACCCUCGACAACCAUCAAAUUCCUUUUGCAAACUGUCCACCUGGCUACGACUUCGCUUCAAAUAUUCUUCGUUAUGCCAAAGACGUGCACGUUAACUUACAGAUCAAUAAACUCGACAACUUCCCUUUGGAAAACCUAAACGCGCAAAGCAUCAAUACUUCCCCAGAUGAAACAUUAAUCAUAUGUGCUCAGUUUAGACUACACAACCUUAAUCACACCAAACCUGACACCAGAACAGAGUUUCUGAACAUAAUCCAAAGUAUGCAACCACAAGGAGUCAUUCUAAGUGAUAACAACAUAGAUUGCAUCUGCAACAACUGCAGCGGCUUUGAUUCACGAUUUUCUCAAAGUUUAGAUUAUUUAUGGAGUUUCUUGGACUCUACAAGUGUGGCAUUUAAAGGAAGGGAUAUGGAAGAAAGGAGACUUUUAGAAGGAGAAGCUGCAAAAGCAUUGAUGAACACUUGCGAAAUGAAUGAAAAGAAGGACAAAUGGGGGGAAAGGAUGAGUAGUGUGGGGUUUGUAGAAAAUGCAUUUGCAGAAGAUGUCGUGGAUCAAGCUCGUGCAUUGUUGAAGAAGUAUGAUAGUCAUUGGGAAAUGAAAGUUGAAGAGAAAGAUGGCUCAUUAGGCUUAUGGUGGAAAGGCCAACCAAUUUCAUUUUGUUCUUUAUGGAAAUAG